AACCUCUCGAUUUCGUCUCAUUUUAAUCUCUUCUCGUUGAGUGAAGAUACCUCUAAGCGUAUGGCUCCUGCUCCGAACGAUACCUCCAUAAUCAACGAACUAUUGAUUAGUUUGACAAACGUGGACGGCUCCAACAUUAAUAACUACCUCUUGUCGCUUCUUGUAAGAUUGAAUCUUCCUUUCCCCAUCGACGACUUUUACAAUUUGUUGUACAACAAUGACAGAGCAGGCUCCUUGAUCCAGCUUGAUCAGCCGCAGAAGCUUGAUAAAACUCCAGUAGAUAGAAACAACGAGUUAGUUAUACGCACAAUCACCCAGUUGCUCAAUAUCUUCAAAAGACCAGAUCUCCUACUGGACAUGUUGCCCAACUUGGAAGACAAAGAGAACAAGUUGGUAAGCAUCAACUACCAUGAGCUUCUUCGUAGUUUCUUGGCAAUAAAGGUCCUCUUUGACAUCCUAAUACAGUUGCCUCUUUCGUCAGACGAUGAUCCCCAGAACUACACCAUUCCCAGACUCUCCAUCUACAAAACCUACUAUAUUAUCUGCCAGAAGUUGAUCUUGACAUAUCCUAGCUCUUCUAAUACUACUAACGAGCAACAGAAGUUGAUUCUAGGCCAGUCCAAGCUCGGAAAGUUGAUCAAACUCGUGUAUCCCAACUUGUUAAUCAAAAGAUUGGGAAGUAGAGGUGAAUCCAAGUACAACUAUUUGGGCGUCAUCUGGAACGACAAGAUCAUCAAUGACGAGAUCGCGCGUCUUUGUGAAAAUAACGACUUGCUCGAGUUAACUGAGAUCUUCAAAGGAGAGCAGAUGAUGCCUAGAACCUCUAUUUCGGGUCCUGUUAAAAAAGUUCAUAGACGAUCCUCCAGUAAGGGAAAGCCAGUCUUGCCACCUCCUCUAGCAACGAGUACUGAAUCGAGUAACCAGAUUUCCAGUCCAUCUUUAUCGUUUAUAAAACCAUUUUUACGGUAUCCUCAGGAUGAGAACUUUACUGCCUUGAACGAUGAGGAGAAUUGGUUCAAUGAGAUCAGAUUGCAAGUUUACUCUUCGCAUACUGUUAUCAAUCGUGACAUGAUCCAUCAGAUCUUUCUUGACAGCUCUAACUUGUCGACCAACUCGAGUCUCUUGGAUAACUUAUUGGAGAUGUUAAUGAAACCGAUUGAUGUCCUUAAUAAUGAACCUAACAUAGAUUUGAACUUGUAUUUGAUUAUCAUAGUGGAAAUUCUUCCGUAUUUGAUGUUGAUAAAAUCAUCUACCAACAUCAAUUUCUUGAAAAAUCUCCGGUUGAACUUAUUACAUUUGAUCAACAAUCUUAAUCCCAACAUCAAGAAGCUCAACUUGAAGACUUUCAGCAUCAACAACUCCAGCAUCUUCUUGGUUCUUGUCAAGAAAUUGAUCAACCUCAACGACUUGUUGAUUACCUUCAUCAAGUUGAUCAUCAAAGAUGAUACUACAUCCAUCAUGUCAACCGAUAUUGAAACGUUUUUGAAGGUAAACUCCAGUCAAUCAGCUAGCGGUGUCAAGCUAGAAGAUCAGGAUGAAGAUUCAUUUUUCCUCAACUUGAAUGCCAACUUGAGCAAUUCUUUAGGUGAUUUAAAUUUCAACUUCAAGAAUGAUAUCUUAUCGAAUGAUCUCGUAUAUGCUUUGGUUGGCUACAAUUUUGACCCAACAUUAUUUCAGGAUUUGAAAUCAUCGAUUUCGAUGAGCUUCAUCAACGAAGAAAUCAACAUCAUCGACGACUUCUUCAAAAAGGACUUGUUCGCGUUUUUGAACGAUAACAGCUUCGAUUCUGAGUCUGAAGCUACUAGCGGUACUCAUUCUGAGACUGGCGAAGCCAAGAGAGAGUCUGAUCUGAUCUUAUCUACAAAGGAGUUGUCCAAAUUGUACUCCUUGAUUAGUCUCAUUGACAGGAAGUUGUUAGCAAAUCACUACAAGUCAAAAUAUCCCAUCAUGAUCUACAACAACUUUGUAAGCUACAUCCUUAAUGAUAUUUUGAAAUUCAUCUUCUUGAAGCAACAGCAGGUGCAACUUCAAAACCUACAAACCAACACGGAAGUUGAGGCUCCCAAUAGCUUCGGUAAUUGGUGGGUCUUCAAUUCGUUUAUUCAGGAGUACUUGAGUUUGAUGGGCGAGAUUGUUGGAUUACAUGAUUCAAUCUCCUAG